AAUGUCAUUGUCACUCUAGCAAGUAGGUACCUAGGUGUUAGUUGUCCAUACCCAACCAACCGAGAUAAAUAUUCUUUUGAAUUGUGUGAUGCAGUGAAUUGCAGUGCAGGCAGUUUCUCAAUUAUUAUAACUAAAGGCCUACCUAUCUUUAUAAAAUGAGUCUUUGGGUAGAUAAACAUCGUCCUAGAGAUUUGAUGAAGUUAGAUUUUCAUAAAGAUCAGGCAUUGCGUCUAAAAAGUUUAGUUCAACAAAGUGAUUUUCCUCAUUUACUUAUUUAUGGCCCAUCUGGUGCUGGAAAGAAGACUAGGGUGAUGUGUCUUCUUAGGGAACUGUAUGGAUCUGGGGUUGAACGGUUGAGACAGGAAACGAUGCACUUUACUACUCCAUCAAAUAAGAAAAUAGAGAUUAUGACAGUAAGUAGCAAUUAUCACAUUGAAGUCAAUCCAACUGAUGUGGGAAUACACGACCGCGUUGUUAUUAUGGAUUUAGUGAAGAAUGUUGCCCAAACACACCAGAUUGAUUCAUCUGGUCAGCGGGAGUUUAAAGUUGUCAUACUGAAUGAAGUGGAUAAUCUGACUAAAGAUGCACAACAUGCCUUACGUCGCACAAUGGAGAAAUAUGUAGCAACAUGCAGGUUAAUACUCAUUGCUAAUUCCAUUUCACGUGUCAUACCUGCCAUCAGAUCAAGGUGUUUGACUAUCCGAAUACCAGCCCCAACAGAAAAUGAAAUAGCAUCUCUAUUACAUUUGAUUUGUAAAAAGGAAGGCCUGAAUUUGCCCUCUGAAUUAGCUAUACGCAUUGCAAAAUGUGCUGAUCGCAAUUUAAGAAGAGCCUUGUUAAUGUGUGAAGCUUGCAAAGUUCAACAGUACCCAUUGAGUGUGGACCAAAAAGUUCCUGAACCAGACUGGCAAUUGUUUAUUAGAGAUACAGCUUCAAUGAUUUUAUCUGAACAAUCUCCCAAGAAACUUGGAGAAGUGAGACAAAAAUUAUAUGAAUUAAUUAUACAUGGAGUACCACCAGAUAUGAUUUUUGCAGGUUUGCUGAGAGAGCUUGUGCGUAAUUGUGAUAUGGCUAUGAAAUGUCAAGUAGCAAGCCAUGCAGCACGUUUUGAGCACCGAAUGAGAUUAGGGAACAAACCAAUAUUCCACUUGGAGGCUUUUGUUGCCAAAUUUAUGGCAAUUUAUAAGAAGUUUAUGGAAGAAUCUCUUGGGGACGCCUUUUAAUUUUUUUUUUAUUGAUAAUGAAAGAGUGAAAUAAAUAAACACUGAAAUGUUAUAAUUUUUAA